GCGGUUGGGGAACCCUUAGGAUGAUUUGUAUGCGGGGUCAGGCUCAAAACGGAGGCAUGCAGAGGAACGCUCUACUUGCCAUACACUCCACGAUACGCACCAUGGCGGAAUGGCCGGGCGUGUCGAGGCUCACAUGUUGAUCCCUCAAAUGUCGGAAAAGGACCCAGCGGUCACUGGGUACUUCUUGGUAAACCGUCAGACAACCUGAUAUAUGCGCGUCGUGAAAACUCGCGUUGCAUACCGGCUCGGUUAUAUAGAGCGCAGUAGAGCGAAGCUGUCACCAGCAACUGCAUCAAACAACGGGAAUAAAUUUACAAUAUGGACUGGAAGAAAAACAAUAAAACGUAUCAGAUUCUCACGGCGGCUGAGAAAGGGGGGUACGGAGUCGUCGCACCGAUCGCCUAUAACAUCGAGUGUAUCCUGGGCUUCAUCCGCGCCGCCGAAUCAAAGCGCUCCCCCUUGAUCCUCCAAGUCUUCCCCUGGGCUAUAACCUACAGCAAUGGGCUCCUCAUCCACGCCGCGGCGCACGCCGCGCGCGGGGCCUCUGUCCCGGUGGCCAUCCACCUCGACCACGCCCAAGACGAGGACCUGAUCCGCCAUGCCGCGGCCGACCUGCCCUUCGAUUCCAUCAUGGUGGACAUGAGCCACUACGAGAUGGACGAGAACCUGGCCCGGACCAAAGAAUUAGUCAAGUUCUGUAAUGAGCAUCAGAUUACCACCGAGGCGGAGCCGGGUCGGAUUGAAGGUGGCGAGGACGGAAUUGCGGACACGGCGGACUUGGAAGGCGCGUUGACCACGGGGGAACAGGUGGAGGAUUUCAUUGCUACCGGGAUUGAUUUUCUGGCGCCGGCGUUUGGGAAUGUGCACGGGGAGUAUGGGAAGAGGGGGCCCGUCUUGGAGUACGAGAGGUUGGAGAUGAUUAGGAAGAAGGUGAACGGGAGAGUGAGGAUUGUUUUGCAUGGCACUAAUGGUUUCCCCGUAGACAUUAUGGAACAGUGUGUUGCAAGGGGUUGCAGCAAGAUCAAUGUGAAUAAGUUGGUGUUGGAUGAUUAUUUAGCGCAUCUCAAGCAGAAGGCGCCGACGGCUAGUUUGACGACGCUUAUGGAGGAGGGUACGAAGGAUAUCCAGAAGCUCAUGGAGUGGCAGAUGGACGUUUGUGGUAGUACUGGGAAGGCGUGAUGAAACGUGGGAAUAGGUCGAAUAGGGGCUCUGCAAAAUACACUAUGGAGAUUCGUUUUCAGCUGGUCGACUAGGAUUGAGUAUUGCUGAAUUUUGGACAAGCGUGGGCCUCUAUUGAUUCACUUUUCAAUACUACGAGCCUUAAAGUAUGAAAACUGAGAAGUCCAUCGCAUA